GUUGAAAUCGAUCUCUACUUCUAUGCGAGUUGCUAUCCUUCUUUCCAUAUACUACUCAGUCACAACGACUCCCACUUCUCUUGCUGGUCGAUCCUUUCGUCAGGACGAAUGCGACGAAGCAGUCACCAAGCUUACUGGCAUAGCUGCGGGUUUACUGUAUAUUUCUAUAUUAUCCAGGCGCCUCAUGUGGAGAGAACCUGAUUUCCGAAUUGUGUCAAGAAAACAGACAUCUGGUUCCGCAACAAACGUUCACCGGGACAAGUGCUCGCCAAAGUUUAUUGACUUUACUCGAGUCUCUCACCUUUGUCAACAGGGGAGCUGGAGCCAGACUGACCGAAAUUAGCCUUCUCUAGGGGAAGCCAGUGAAAAUAGAGACAACU